CUGCUGCGCGUUCUCGCGCAUGCGUUUCUGAAAACAUGGCGGAUCCGUUGAGCCUUCUGCGGCAGUUCAAUGUCAACAAAAAAGACAUCGCUGAAAGGAAUUCGCAAAUAAUCUUCGAUGAGUAUUCCUGGCCGAAGACCGUGAAGACCAACUACCUCGUGUGGGGGUCCGGAAAAGAUGGGGCACCUCGGGAGUACUACACGCUGCAGUGCCUGCUCUUUCUUCUCAGAAAUGUGCAUUUGUCUCACCCGGUGUACGUACGACAGGCUGCGGCUGAAAACAUACCUGUUGUCAGGCGUCCUGACAGAAAGGACAUCCUUGCCUACCUGAACGGGGAGACAGCUACCUCUGCCAAUAUCGACAAGAGCGCCCCUAUCGAGAUACCUACACAAGUGAAAAGAACAGCCGAGGAGCCCCAAAAUGAAGUGGUCAAGAAGCCACGUCUCGAGGAGACGCAAAUGCAGCGUGCCAAGGAGCAGUUUUCAGCACGUUUGGAUGCUCCCAAGGAAGCACCUGUGGUCACUGAGCAGAUAAGGUCUCUGUCUGAAGCCAUGUCUGUGGAGAAGAUUGCAGCCAUCAAGGCUAAACGCUUGGCAAAGAAGCGGGCCACCAUCAAAGGGGAUGACGACCUUGGCCUUGCCGACAUGCAGGGUAUCCUCGAGUAUGAUGUAGACGUCACACGUGAUAUCCUGAGUCGUGAGCGCCAGUGGCGCACCCGGGCUACCGUGCUCCAGAGUGCUGCAAAGAAUUUCGCCAAGUCCAUCUUCCCAAUCCUCCAGUCAAUCAAGAUGCGAGAGGAAGGCAUCACCACCAAGCAGGCGCAACCUGAAGCCAAUCAGCCACCCAGGGCCACACCAGUGCGUGCAAUGCCGCAACCAGCCGUUUACAACCGAUACGAUCAGGAACGCUUCAGGGGCAAAGAAGAGACGGAGGGCUUCAAAAUUGACACUAUGGGUACGUACCACGGUAUGAACCUCAAGUCGGUGACCGAGGGCAGCCAGCCCAAGCGGCCUGUUCCUGCGGCCACUCCAACACCCGUGGUUCCUGCCGCCCCCCCACCACCUGCGGCUCCACCUGUGCCCCGACCAGUACCUAAGAGAGUGUCGCGGACACCUAUCAUCAUUAUUCCAGCAGCCACAACCUCACUCAUCACCAUGUACAAUGCCAAGGAUAUCCUGCAAGAUUUGAGGUUUGUGAGCACAGAUGAAAAAAAGAGUCAGGGCUGCAAACGUGAGAAUGCAGUGCUGAUCCAACGGAGGCGCAACCGAGGAGCCACUGUCUCGUACCGGGUGAUUGACAACCCCUCCACCUUGGCCCCCGAGGAUUGGGAGCGAGUGGUGGCUGUUUUUGUACAAGGCCCCGCCUGGCAAUUCAAGGGUUGGCCCUGGGGAGGAAAUCCUAUUGAGAUCUUCUCACGGA